AUGGACUUUUUCACUGAAUAUGGGGAUGCAAAGAGGUAUAAGAUUCUUGGAAUUAUUGGGAAGGGAAGCUAUGGAGUUGUUUGUGUAGCACUUGACACGCAGACUAGGGAGAAAGUGGCAAUAAAGAAAAUACAAGAUGUAUUUGAGCACGCAUCUAAUGUUAUAAGGAUUUUACGAGAAGUCAAGCUGCUCAGACUUCUUAGACAUCAUGAUAUGGUAGAAGUUAAGCGAACAAUGUUGCCACCAUCAAAGAGGGAAUUCAAAGACAUAUUUGUUGUUUUUGAGCUCAUGGAAUCUGAUCUUUCACCAAGUCAUAAAAGCUAA